AUGCAAGGGCUACCGCAUCGGGAGCGAGUGCUGCUAAAGAAGCGAGCUCGAGAACUACGAGUAGGAACAUUAAAUGUUGGUACAAUGACAGGAAGAGGGCGGGCAAUAGCUGACCUUAUAAAAAUGAGACGAGUAGAUAUUCUCUGUGUACGGGAGACAAGAUGGAAAGGUAACAAAGCGAGGGAACUUGGGGAUGGGUAUAAGAUGUUCUAUAGCGGAGCAAAUAAAGAAGGCAGGAAUGGUGUUGGAAUAAUUCUGUCAAGUGAAAUGAAGAAGGAAAUCGUUGAAGUAAAUAGAAGAAAUGAUAGGAUUAUUUGGGUCAGGCUGAUGGUUGAAAAUUGCACUGUUAACAUCUUUAGUGCAUAUGCACCCCAGACAGGAUGCUUAGAUGAAGAGAAAGAUCACUUCUGGUUGGACUUUGAGGAGGAAAUGGAAAAGGUACCAGCAAAUGAAAGAUGCCUUGUCGGGGGAGAUCUGAAUGGCCACGUAGGCCAGAAUAACCAUGUGAUCAGUCGUAUACAUGGUGGGUAUGGCUAUGAUGAAAGAAAUGCAGAGGGUGAGAGAAUUGUUGAUUUUCCUGUGUCCAAGGAUAUGGUACUGGCGAACACUUUUUUCACCAAGCGGCAAGAACAUCUAGUUACGUACAAAAGCGGCGGAAGGUCCAGCCAGAUAGAUUACUUGAUGUAUAAGAGGAAAGGUUUACACGAGGUAAAAGAUUGUAAGGUCAUACCAGGAGACCAUGUGAGUGUGCAACAUCGUUUGGUAGUGAUGGACUUGGUUAUGGAAAUUGAACAAAUAAGGAAGAAAAAAAUGCAGUGGCCAAAAAGGAUUAAAUGGUUUAAGUUGAAAGAGAUUGAACUUUGUAGGCAGUUUAAAGAAAAAGUAUUAGAGGAACUAACUCUUGAAAUUGAGGAUGUUGAUGAAUGGUGGAACAGAACGAUGGAAAUGAUACUGAGGGUUGCUAGAGAAAUAUUGGGUGAGAAUAGUGGCAAGAUGUUCGAAAAUAAGGAAACGUGGUGGUUCAGUGAAGAAGUGAAGGAUGCAACAAAAGCAAAAGAGAGCAAAGCAAAGAAAAUGUGGGAGAACUGGAUGGCUAUAAGAAGCAAAUAA